ACUGCUUCCUUAUUCUGCCCGGCCACGGACACUUGCCUUUUGUAUGGAGGGAGAAACAAUCCACUCUCUCUGUUUGGAAAAAAAUACUUGCAAGAGAAGAGACUGGGAGCUUCCAGGUGCUUUGCUCCCAGUUAAAAGCCCUGUAAGGAGGUCCUCUUCUUGCCUGGAGUCAGGAGAGCCACUGCCUCGUGAAGUUGAGCACCCUGCCUCUCACAUUCUCCCUCUCCCUCUCUCUCUUUCUUUCUCUCUCCCUCCUACUUUCCACCCUGUGAGAGUGCACAGAGAUUCAGAAGGUGCGUCUGAAAUCUACUUGUAUCCAGGCUGGAGACAGCACCACAAGGACUUUUUCCCCCUUUGCUGCGACAAGCACGUGGACUUAAUUUUCAGCAGAGACAGAAAUAAGAAUAAGAAGCAGACUGGCACCUGCCACUGAGAAGCAGAACUUUCUCUAGAGUUGUGUUCGUCCUUUCUGCGCGUAUGUAAACAAUAUUUGACUGCGACCAAGUGCCAAGACAUUCCCGAGACUUCCCUGUCUGCUGGGAUCCCGUCACAUCUUCUUAAGUUAUUUCUCCAGAGAUGACUGUCUGAAGAAGGAACGCAGAAAAGAGCCACCUGACCUGCAGAAGUUACCUGCCUGAGUAAUUGAGGUGAAGCAGAAAGGUGAGUUUGAAAGCUUGUGACCACAGAGGCGAGUGACAAUGCUGACAGUGCUCUGUGUCCUGCUAACGCUGGGGAAUCAUGUCCUGGGGGGCGGUUACGCCCCCAUGCCUCAGAUGAAAUAUGUGCAGCCCAUGAUGAAGGGGCCUGUUGGGCCACCCUUCAGAGAGGGCAAGGGCCAGUACCUAGAAUUUCCACCUGUGAUGGACAUUAAAGGGGAGCCAGGUCCUCAAGGGAAGCCAGGACCAAGGGGACCAGCUGGGCCUCCUGGAUUACCAGGGAAACCAGGAAUAGGAAAACCUGGUCUCAAUGGUCAAACAGGUCCUUCAGGGCCUCCAGGAUUCCCUGGAAUUGGAAAACCAGGUCUACCAGGAUUACAAGGUAAAAUAGGACCUAAAGGACCUCCUGGACUCAAUGGUGAGGUUGGGCCUCGUGGAGAGGUGGGUCCACGUGGACUUCCAGGUCAGCCAGGACCACCUGGACCAGCAGGUCUGUCAUUGAAUGGCAAACCAGGGUUACCUGGGAAUAGAGGCCCGCCAGGGACAAGAGGUGACCCAGGGCCUAAAGGUGGACGUGGUAUUCCUGGUGAUCAAGGACCUAAAGGGGAAAAUGGCAAUGGAAAGCCAGGUCUAACAGGUCCCAGGGGACCCACUGGCCUUCAAGGACCUCCUGGACCUCCAGGUGUCUCUGGGUUGGGUAAACCAGGGAUUGAUGGGCUGCCUGGGCAUGCAGGACCAAAAGGAGAUAAAGGACUUCCAGGAGUUCAAGGUGUCCCAGGGGAAGCUGGUCCUCCUGGACUACAAGGUCAGCCUGGGGUGGUUGGCGUGGGAAAACCCGGACUUGAUGGUGUUCCAGGUAACCCAGGCCCAGUAGGUCCAAAGGGUGAUGUUGGCCCCAGAGGAACUCCUGGGUUUCCUGGCCCCCCUGGCUAUGGUAAACCAGGACUUUUAGGACAGAAAGGAGAUAGAGGUCCUGGUGGAUUACAAGGGGCCCCUGGUGACAAAGGAGAACCUGGGAUGGAUGGUCUACCAGGAGAUACAGGGCCAACUGGACAGACUGGGCUUCCAGGUCCACAAGGUCCUAUGGGUCUUCCAGGGAAACAUGGGAUGCCUGGUCUAAAGGGAGAGAAUGGCCCACAAGGACCUCCAGGUUUGCCAGGGCUUAGAGGAGAUCAAGGUCCCAGUGGCCUCUCAGGAAAGCCUGGCCUGCCAGGGGAUAAGGGCCUUCCUGGUCUCAACGGAGCCACAGGCAAACCAGGACCUAAAGGUGAACCGGGUCACAUCGGACUGCCAGGCAAUCCUGGUUUGAUUGGGGGAACAGGUCCAAAAGGUGAGAAUGGGUUAGCAGGACCCCCUGGGCCACGAGGCAAUUCAGGGAUCCCUGGACUCCCAGGCCCCACUGGUCAUAUGGGACCUCAGGGUGUUCCAGGGUUGAAAGGUGAACAAGGUCUACCAGGCCCCCAAGGAAUUGGAAAACCUGGAGACAAAGGUAUGCCUGGUCCACAAGGACCUUCAGGAAAACCUGGCGCUCCUGGACUUAGCGGUAUGCAGGGUCCUCCAGGUCCACCUGGACCUCCUGGGCCCCCAGGCCCGCCAAAUGGUGACAUAAAUCAGUUAGCAGUUCAAGGACCAAAUAUUGUCGGAGAAUCCAUUCCAAAACCAAAUGGUGAAAAACCUUAUUUUGGUCAGGCUGAGCUCUCUGCCUCUGUAGCUCCUGCUUUUACCGCCAUUUUGACGACACCAUUCCCACCAUCUGGAAUGCCAAUCAAAUUUGACAGAACUCUGUACAAUGGGCAAAAUGCUUACAACCCUGCUACAGGCAUCUUCACAAGCCCACUGCCUGGAGUCUACUAUUUUGCUUAUCAUGUACACGUAAAGGGAACCAGCUUAUGGGUGGCACUGUAUAAAAACAAUGUGCCAGCCACAUACACCUAUGAUGAAUACAAGAAGGGCUAUAUGGACCAGGCAUCAGGUAGUGCGGUACUGGAGCUGAAAGAGAAUGACCAGGUUUGGGUGCAAAUGCCCUCUGACCAAGCAAACGGGCUCUACUCCACUGAGUACAUCCAUUCGUCCUUCUCAGGGUUCCUCCUGUGCCCCACAUAACGGUCCGUCUCAGAGGAGAAUUGCUUGCUCAAGUGCCCUGCAGUAACAUCUGUGAUAACAGCAACUAAAUUACAAGAAAGACUCGCUGAACGACGGAGAGGCUGAGUUCGAAGCAGAGGAUGGAGAAUUCAUGCUGUGUCUCUGUUUUCACCCUCUCUUUCAAAUGUCCGAUUUGAUCAUUGUUUUACUUUCAAGUGUUGUCAUUUCCUGCCUAUAUGAUAAUUUUAUUAUAACUGUUAUGUUAUUUUUGUUGAUGUCGAUGUAUUGGUGUUAUUUUAUUGAUGUUGUUGUAGUUGUUGUUGUUUAUCGCAAUCAGACUAUUAAGUACUUUGCAAUGUGUAGGUAACCAUUCAAAGACUUACCCAUGUGACUGCACACGUUGCCAAAUGUUCUGACUCCCAUCGAGCUCCAUCACAUUGACUCUGGGGUUGUGUGUUCCCCUGGUUGCAGUCGAAUUCACCUAUAUCUUUCCCUCAUAUAACACAGGCUACUUGAUUUGUGCCACAUUUCACAUUUUAGAAUGCAGACAUUCUAUACAGCAUUGUUGUUAUAUUUGUAUGUUUAAAUACAUCCGUAAUUUAAAGAAUAAUCUUCAGUUCCAUUGUUUUUUUUCCUUAUUAAUGCCAGACAGGUGAAUAUCUAUCUGCUUUAGUCUUUAGGUAUGUAUGUUUUGUUUGAUUUACUGUGUUAAAGCAAAAAUUAUGUGCUAAUCUGUCUGUUUCUGCGACAACUACAUUGUGUUUGAGAGUUAUUAAGAAAAACUUUACUUGAUGAUUUACUGAAUCCUUUGCUCAAAACAUGCCAGGUUUGAAUCAGUAGUGAUCCUGAAGGCCUCAGGAGGACUGCUGUACAACAGUGCCUGCAUUAACAAAACAAAUAUGCAAUUUCUGUGACACUAAAUCCAUACACUCUCAGAAAAAAGUUACAAAAGCUGUCACGAGGGUGGGAACCUUUUAAAGGGUACACCUUUGUGCCUUAUUUCUUCCGUAUUACAUACAUAUUAGUGCCUGAAGUGUACAUAAUAGUACCUUUCAAAAAGUGACAUCUUUGUGCGUUUAUUUCUGAGAGUGUACUUAAAAAAAUAAAAAUCAUGACGUCAAAGCUAAUACAUAGCAUAUAGCUUCUCAUCAAAAUCUUAGGAUAGCCUAGAUUGCAUUGGUGAGUAAGGGACUACUAGUAGAUUGAGAAUAUGAUGAGAAUAUGAAAUUUAAAUUUAUAUAUAUAUAUAUAUAUAUAUAUAUAUAUAUAUAUAUAUAUAUAUAUAUAUAUAUAUAUAUAUAUAUAUAUAUAAUCAAAUCAAUUCUCCAACACAAAAUCCAAACUACUGCAUUGUGUACUCUAAACGUUUUACAUUCUCUGACGCUUUUCUAAUUGCUGCUUUAACAAUGACACAAUUGACUGAUUGUCUUUUUUCUUCUUCUUCUGAGACUUGCAAUUACACAGACAUGAUUGACACUAACAUGAGUCAAUGCAUGUCCUAAUCUUUUACAUUUUGACAAAAAGUUGCAUGAUUUGGAUACAUCAGACUGUAAGAGCACUGCUCCAGUGGUGUUUAUGAAAGGUUAACACGUAAACAUCCUCACAAAAAGAAAUUGUUCCUUGCACAUUUACUGAAGUUGAACGGAAAACUGCAAAUGCUGGAGGCUUGAAGUCCCUCUUGAAAGACAUUUUCUCACUGACCAAAAUGUAGAAUUAUGAAACCCGAGGAGUGUUACAUGCACCCACUCACAGUUACAUGACAUUUGUUACAUGACGUCGUUCUGAUUAUUUACCCUUGAAUGAUGUUUUGGCACCAGAAUUUUCCUAUUUCAGCAUGUAUUUGACCUUUUUAUUGUAUAUUAACACUGUGACAAAUAUUUUCUAUGAUGAGUGUAUUGUUUAUGUGCAAUGGAUUGAAUUUUUAAAAAUCGGUUGUGUUGCAAUUCCCUCCCAUAUAAAAAAAAACAAAAACCCUGCUUAGACCAUGUUGCUUCUUUUUGUCAUUCAAAACAAACUGGGACAAAGAAAAAGCAACGAUUCUGUUCCAAUGGGAUAUUUAUUCAUCUUCAAUAAAGUAAUAAUAAUAAAAAAAAAUCAUAUCAAUCCCAUUUGCACAUGAAUUUAAUGAAGGCAUAUUUAUACAUUUGUGAUAGUCCAGCAAGGAAUGUCCGACUACCAAAACCCCGAACAUUCAAAUAACCUUAUUUUUAACAGCAUCAAGGAAUUUGUACACGCUACCAUUGUUUUUCUUGCUUUCUUUAUGAUGUAUCUAUCAAUCUAUAGGACUUUUGUCGUACUGCAUUCACUUUAUGCAAUCCGUUUUGGGUAUUAAAUGCACUCUUUGAUUGAGCAUAUUUUGUCAGCUCGUACAAAAUCUACAAGUACUUAACAGUACUGAUGCAACAUCAAUAAAGACUUUCUUGAUCAA